UUUACUAAGUUGUGAUAGAAACAAUCCCUUGUGAGCCGUGUGCACAUGUUCCUUGCGAUGAUUCAUGCCUGGCAUAAAAAAACAGUGAGGGACAACGGAGAACGUUAGUGACGCAGCCCAAGUCAUUGAUCCCGACGCACUCCCAGUCAGCCGACGCCAUGUCGGAGCUCGCACCCGCGCCUGAACCGCUAUUCCCGCCGCUCAUUCUCGCGAUUUAUAUUGCCUGCGUCUCCGGCGCCGGAGCCCUUGCCAACUGUGCUCUUUUAGCUGCACUAUUCAAGCGAACAAGAAACGGGCUUUUUCUUAUAAUCAUUCAGUUAGUGAUUGCUGAUUUUAUUCAGUUAGCAGCGCUGACUGCACCCGAACUAUGGUCAAAUAACGAAAGAACUUGGAUAUUCGGUAGAAGUGGAUGUAUAGCUUACAGAGGUCUUAGCAUAUUAUCGUCUACUGCAUCUUUAUACUUUAUUGCUACUAUCGCACUUCAUACUAUAUCAACAGCCAAUAUUGAAAUAAAAGCCUUGGAAAAAAAGGCCAGUAGAGUUAAUCGUGAAGAUGAUGAAGAGAUUCGAGAUUCCCGCCACAGCCUUGUCGCGAGCAGUGACUCUUCGACCCCUCGAACACUGAAUGUAGAUUAUCGAUUCGAGGACACAAGAGUACCAGUCGCGCCGCCAAGUAUAUUUGUAUGGGUGCUGUCUGCGUCGUUAAGUGUUCCAGAGUUUGCACUAUCCACGACCGUUCGCGAAGAUGACACCGUCGUCUGCACUUUAGCUGACACGAGUCACAAAAUUAAUAUGCAUUCCAUGAUUGCCCUCUUUAAUUUGUUCUUACCAGUACUAAUAUUAACAAGUGCCGGUGGGAUUGUAGUGUGUAAAUUAUAUUCAAAAAUUUCAUCAAAGUUAGAAGGCAAUGAGACUUCUUCUGCACUGAAGCUGACGUUGUGUUUAAUUAUUAUGUAUAUGUUUUUUUGUGCACCGAGAUCUAUUUUAUAUGUGUAUAGCCUCUACGUAAUUCCAAUCAGCAAUAAAUCUUAUUUAGAUUACGACACGAAUACAAUGAUCUUAAAUUUGAUAUUCAGUGCUUUAUAUCUUGCUGCAAUAUCUUUACGGCCAAUAUUAUGCAUAAGUUUGCUGCCAAGGUUAAGAAAUGUAUUAACGGUUGGAUUUAGAAAUAUUGACGAGGUUUAAGAUUAUCAAAAAAUAAUAAAAAAAAAAUGUGAUUUAUUAAUAAGAAUUCGAAAUAAGUUUUAAAGAUAAAGUUGAUAAGACUCGAAAAUUUUCUUUUAUUUCCCACUCCUAACCUAUCUGGUCUUUGAUGACAAUAAAGUUCAAAGCGUUUAGCAUUCACAGAACAUGUGCGCAGGCUCGGUGACCUCCCAACAAAGGAUUAUCGAUUUUAAUUUGCAGUACUUAAUUGAAUAGGCAUUACACUAAGAGGAACUAUCGAUUGCUCUCAAUACUGAAAACGUGAAUUUUCGUACUCAAACUAAGCUUACUAUAUAG